GUGUUAUAGUUUUUCAACAUAGGAUUUGAUUCCUUUCCAAAAUCAUGAUGAUGAAUUUCUUCUUUUCUCUGUACCUUUCUCACACUACCCCACCAAUUUUGUGUAUAAAUAGCCAAGAAACCAAACCGUUUUUCUCAAGCCUCAUUUGCUCACAAAGCCUUAUCAAAAAAUCUCUUCUCUUUUCAUUCAUUGACUCACCAAAACCUCUACAAACACACUUCUCUUUUUUUUCUUCUUUUCUUCUUCUCUUUAAUCUUCUUUUUUCCUCUCAUACUUCACUUUUAGUAACAUCCUUAAAUGGUGUUAUUAUCCAAACCAACAACAGAACAAUUCACCUAUGUUAGAAACAACAACAUGUCUACCACAUUUUCAUCAUCAAUUCCUCUUGUUGACCUCUCAAAACCAGAUGCAAAGAAUCUCAUAGUAAAAGCUUGUGAAGAUUUUGGUUUCUUCAAAGUCAUAAACCAUGGAAUCCCUAUGGAAGCUAUAUCCCAAUUAGAAUCUGAAGCCUUCAAAUUUUUCUCUCUGCCUCUAACAGAGAAAGAAAAAGCAGGGCCUGCAAAUCCAUUUGGAUAUGGUAACAAAAAAAUUGGACUCAAUGGUGAUGUUGGUUGGGUUGAAUACCUUCUUCUCACCACCAAUGAAGAACACAAUUUCAAACUUUAUGGAAGAGACAUAGAAAAAUUUAGGUGUUUGUUGAAAGAUUAUAAGUGUGCUAUGAGAAAUAUGGCAUGUAAGAUACUUGAUUUGAUGGCAGAAGGGCUAAAGAUUCAACCAAAGAAUGUCUUUAGCAAGCUUGUGAUGGAUAAACAGAGUGACUCUAUUUUUAGGGUUAAUCAUUAUCCUGCUUGUCCUGAAUUAGCGAUAAAUGGUAAGAAUUUGAUUGGAUUUGGAGAACAUACAGAUCCUCAAAUUAUUUCACUUUUGAGGUCAAACAAUACAUCGGGAUUUCAAAUUUCUCUUAGAGAUGGAACCUGGAUUUCAGUUCCACCUGAUCAUAGCUCGUUCUUCAUCAAUGUUGGUGAUUCUCUUCAGGUUAUGACUAAUGGAAGGUUCAAAAGUGUGAGACAUAGAGUUUUGGCAAAUGGUAUCAAUCCAAGGCUCUCAAUGAUUUAUUUUGGUGGACCACCUUUGAGUGAGAAAAUAGCACCAUUACCUUCACUCAUGAAAGGAAAAGAAAGCUUGUAUAAAGAAUUUACAUGGUUUGAGUACAAGAAUUCAACUUAUGGUUCAAGAUUGGCUGAUAAUAGGCUUGGAAAUUAUGAGAGGAUUGCUGCCUCCUAAAUACAACAAGAGGAUUAUAGUUGUGGUUCAUUUGUCAACACAAAUGGGGAUACAAUAUAUAGAUACACUAUAAUUAAUAUAAAGGGUUUUUAUUUUAUUUUAUUUUAAGUCAUCUUUUUCUUUGUGCUACUUUAAGGUUACAAUUAUAAGUCAUAAUGUGUCAUAGAUUUCUUGUCCAAAAAAAAGGUGUCAUAGAUAUGAAUGGUAUUUAUUCCCCUUUUGCUUCAAUACUCAUGUAAGUACUUUUCUAAGUAAAUGAUGAGGUUGGUUUGUAUUAACAAUAUACCAUGUGCUUCACUUGGGUUUAUCUCUUUUGAAUGUGGACUUGAAUCAACAAUAUAUAUAAGAGUUGGGUUUAUCUCA